AUGGAGCUGGAAAAUCACACCAGGGUGAAGGAAUUUGUUUUUAUAGGGCUUGCCCAGUCUCCAGAGCUGAGCAUCAUCUUAUUCAUUUUAUUAUACCUGAUAUAUGUAGCAACUCUACUGGGAAAUCUCCUUAUCAUGCUCACUGUGACCUGCGAGUCUCGCCUCCACACACCUAUGUACUUCCUGCUCCGAAAUCUAUCCAUUGUGGAUAUCUGUUUCUCCUCCAACACUGCUCCAAAGGUUUUGGUGGACCUUCUAGCUAAGAGAAAGACUAUUUCUUUCAAUGGCUGCUUGACACAGAUAUUUUUCUUCCACUUUCUUGGUGGAGUUGAUAUUUUUACUCUAUCUGUAAUGGCUUUGGAUCGUUAUUUGGCAAUUUCAAAGCCCCUUCACUAUGUGACCCUCAUGAAUAAAGGAAGGUGUCUUGGGCUCAUAGCGGCCUCCUGGGUGGGGGGCUUCAUACACUCCAUUGUACAGAUCUGUCUGUUGCUCCCACUCCCCUUCUCUGGGCCCAACAUCAUUGACAGUUUCUACUGUGAUGUCCCCCAAGUCCUCAAACUUGCCAAUACUGAUACUUUUGCUCUGGAGCUCCUAAUGAUCUCCAAUAAUGGUCUCCUCAGCACACUUUGGUUCUUUCUACUCAUUGUGUCCUACACAGUCAUCAUGGUGAUGUUGAGGUCUCAUACUGGAGAGGGGAGGAGGAAAGCCAUCUCCACCUGUUCCUCCCACAUCACUGUAAUCACCCUGCAUUUUGUACCCUCCAUCUAUGUAUAUGCUAGACCCUUCACUGACCUUCCCCCUGACAAAGCCAUCUCUGUCACCUUCACAGUCAUCUCCCCUCUCUUGAACCCUGUGAUUUACACUUUGAGAAACCAGGAGAUGAAGUCAGCCAUGAAAAGAUUACAGAAACGACUUGUAUCUUCAGAAAAGUAA